UGACGGCGACGUCCAUAGUCGCGAUAAGGAAACAUUUUAACUUUGCUAAUUCUCUGCCACUCUCUUUCUCCGCCACACAAUCAAAGAUUUGCGUAUGAAACGCAACUUGGAGUAGCCGUGAGAGAUCGCCGUCCGCAUUAUAAUCUUGACUAUAAUCACGGCUUGCCAUUAGUUUAACUAAAACUUUGGAAGUGUAAACAUCAGUGAGAGAAAAUUAAACCGCAAAAAGUACAUCCUCUACGUUAUAAUGGAAAAUUGGAAAACCUAUUUUCUGGGAAUUUACAUAGUGACAACAAUAAUACAAACCGGAAAUGUUUUUGCAAUCUUGUGCAGCCGUUAUCCACAAAACACCUUGGCGCCCAAGGCGCCAGUCGAUGAUAAUUUUGCCAUAACAAUAACGGGCAAUGCCCAGACCUAUUUGCUGGGUCAAACCUAUAAUGUUUCUUUACAAGCUUACAAUGGUCGGCGUUUUAUUAGCGCCAAAUUGGCAUUGGAAAAUGAUAAUGGCGAUCUGGUGAUGAAUUCCAAUUUGGGACAUUUCGAGUUAAUUGACCCCGUCGAGAGUCGUUUCAGUGCCGAUUGUGUGAAUAUGAUUGAGACCACGAAUACGAAUCCUAAAACCCGUUUGGAUAUGGCAUGGGUGGCUCCGAGUGAACCCGGCUUUGGUUGUGUUUUAAUACGGGCCACUGUCAUACAUCAUCGGGAUGUUUGGUUCAUGGAUGAUGGUUUGCUGACGAAACGCAUCUGUGAGGAGGCCGUGGAUGAUUUGGAGUCCCAGAAGAAGGAUGAGGAGGGCAAGGAGUGUUGUGCCUGUGAUGAGGCACGUUAUGAGAUAACCUUUGAGGGCAUGUGGUCACGUAAUCUCCAUCCCAAAGAUUUCCCCGCCAAAGGAUGGCUUGCCAAAUUUAGUGACAUAUUGGGUGCUGCCCACACCUCAGAUUAUCGUUUCUGGGAUUCUGGUGAAUUGGCUUCGUCGGCCAUGCAAGAAUUUGCCGAACAUGGUUCUUCCCGGGGCCUGGAACAAGAAUUCAAUAACUAUUUUAAGGAGAAAAAGAUACGCACCAUUCUCAAGGCCCGUGGUCCAUCAUUUCCCUAUUUGAAUAAUCCCACACUGGCUUGGUUACGUGUGGACCCCUCUAGGCAUCAGCUGUCGUUGGCUUCAAAAAUUACACCCUCACCGGAUUGGAUAGUUGGCGUUGCGGGCCUGGAAUUAUGUCUUGCGAAUUGCACCUGGAUUGAAGAGAAAGUCAUUAGCUUAUAUCCAUGGGAUAUUGGCACCGAUGCAGGACCGUCGUAUACGUCCCCUGACCAACCACAACUACCACCAGAUGUUAUACGGCGCAUGCGUUCUGAUUUUCCAUCGGAUCCUCGAUCACCAUUCUAUGAUCCCACAGGAGCUCCCAUGAAGCCCAUGGCCAUGUUGAAAAUAAAACGUCAAAGAUUGUAUGAAAGGAAAUGUACAGAUGAAGAUUCCAACAAUGCCGACGACAUACCCCGAGAAUGUCAUACCCAUCCCUGGUCCGCUUGGAGUGAAUGCAGUGCCGAAUGUGGUUUGGGUACCAGGAGUCGAUCUCGUGUCUACAAACAACCGGAAGUGGCUAGUAUCUAUAACUGUGAUGAAAUCGUAAUAAAGAGGCAAGUGGAACCUUGUUCGGGCGCAUGUUCAAAAUCCGACAAUCCUCCAUGGCUACAGGAAGAGGAUGAAAACGGUGAAGGGGAUAAUUUACUUAAAUCCCUGCGACCCAUGAUAAAACGGGGAGGAGGACGAUCCAAUGUUGAUUGUGCUGGCCAAUGGUCAGCAUGGUCGGCCUGCAAUGCAACUUGUGGUGUGGGCUUUAAGAUGAGGAGAAAAAUUCUCGAUGCUAGGGCACAAAGAGAGUGUCAGGAAGAGGAUCUUUAUGAAUACGAGAAAUGUUUUGUCUCCAAUGUUGCCUGUCGCCGUUUCAAUGUUCAGCCAGUUGUGGGAGCAACAACUCAUUUGGAAAAUAACUUUGAAAACCCUCAAGAAAAUACUUUGCUUGAUUCAGAGCAUGGAGAUAACGAGAAUUAUCCUUUGAGCUCUUCGGUCACGGAGCCCGAAUUUUCAUAUGAAAGAGUGCCAAACAGUUAUAAACCCAUUGAUGAAUUUGCUGUGGAUACAAAUCUUCCGGAAUACAAUUACAACAAUCAAGAAGAGGAUUUGGUGCCCUCAUAUGGUGGUAUUCAAGCAGAAAACUUAAGACAAGAACCACCUGGACCUUAUAUUUCGAACUAUCAUUCAGAGGGAUUCUAUGAACCCGAAGAAACAAAACGUUUCCAAUAUCUCCGAAGAAACAAUCAGCAAAUUGUUUUGGAUAGAAACCGCAAGGCUCUGCAAUAUAGUCAAAGAAAUGUCCUACCCGGUCAUCCAAAUCUAUACGAUGACACGAAUUCUCUUCUGCUACAAUCCAUACCGGUCCACUGUUAUCAACCUCUCUCCGUUGUGGAGUGUUCAGAUAAUCGUGUGAUUUCCAAUUAUUGGUUUUAUAACUUCUGUACCGACGAGUGCAUGCUGUAUGCUGCCGAUAUUUGUGAUCCGAAUACAAAUAAAUUUCCCUCAUUUGAGAGAUGUGAACAGCAGUGUGCCAAUCCCCUUCGAAGGUUGCCGAACUUUUUGCGUCGCAAACAAUUGCAAUCACCAUUUUGCCAACGUUUACUUAGGAAUAGCCGAAAGAGAGCUUAUACGUUUUGAAUAGGUUGCAUUUUGAGGUUAUUUUAAGGCUCAGGAAUCUCAGAUAUUUCAGAAUUUGUUUCAUAUUCUUAAAAGUAAUAUUAACAUUAUUAACUACUGCUAAUGUUAAUCUGUAUAAUUUAUUUUAAAUAUUAAUAAAAUUCUUAAUAUUGUA